UCCUCUUUCUGAUAAUUCGAUUUCAGAAAUUCACAGCCAGUUGAAAAUGCCAGGCCUUACUCUUGGUGAUACGAUCCCAAAUCUUGAAGUUCAAACCACUCAUGGAGUCUUCAAGCUCCAUGAUCACAUAGAUACCUGGACCAUUCUUUUCUCCCACCCAGGUGAUUUCACGCCAGUUUGUACCACUGAACUGGGAAAAAUGGCUGCUUAUGCUCAGCAAUUCGCUGACAAAGGAGUGAAGUUGUUGGGUUUGUCCUGCGAUGAUGUUGCUUCUCAUGCUGAGUGGAUCAAGGACAUUGAAGCAUUCACUCCUGGAAGCAAGGUGACGUAUCCGAUUAUUGCAGAUCCUAACCGUCAGAUCAUUCAUCAACUGAACAUGGUGGAUGCAGAUGAGAAAGAUCCCUCGGGGAACAAUGUUCCGUCUCGAGCCCUGCAUAUCGUAGGUCCUGAUAAGAAGAUAAAGCUGAGCUUUCUGUAUCCGGCAAGUACUGGCCGGAAUAUGGAUGAGGUGAUGAGGGUGGUGGAAUCUCUGCAGAGAGCAUCAAAGCACAAAGUUGCAACUCCGGCCGACUGGAAACCAGGGGAGGCGGUGGUGAUAUCUCCUAGUGUCUCAAAUGAAGAGGCGAAAAAGAUGUUUCCUCAGGGUUUCAAAACGGCUGAUCUUCCUUCCAAGAAAGAUUACCUGCGUUUCGUUAAUGUCGAUUAGAAUAUUCACCGUUUGGUUGUGGAGAAUGCAAAUUAAUGUCUUAAAUAGUUUCUUUAGUUUCUCAUGGUGCUGGACACUGUGAAUAGUCUUGCAUGUCAAACUGGCUAAUGUGGUGGUAGCUAUGUUUUUCCCUAGUGACAUAAUUCUGUGUAUAAAUUCUGUAUGCGCUAUUAAAUUACUGUUAGUUGUAAUGUAAUUCUGCCUGCUUUGUUUUA